AUGGCCCAGGUCUACCGCGAAGCCCGGUACUCCCGGGAUUCUUCACCUUCGGGCGACGAGGGCUACAGAAGGUCAAGCUCCCGCCGUUACAAGCAUGCGCCGAGCCACAGCCACGAGAGAGUUUAUGAGCGCGAGAUUGACGUUAUCGACGAUGACCGCCAGGGUGCCCGUCUAGACGGCCGCUUCUUUGGCCGUCCCACCGGCGGCGAGCUUGUUCUUGAUCGCAGAGACGACCGUCUCUAUCCUGACCGGCCACGAUCGACCGCCGGCCAGGGCAGUACCUACGUCGAGCGCCGGUACCGAGAGACGGAGGACUGGGAUGGCGACAACAUCCCGGAUCGCGAGCGCACUGUGGUCGAGAAGCGUCUGGUUACCCGCGACGACGAUGACUACCACUAUCGUCACGAUUCCAGCCGAACCAGGGACAACGACGGAUGGGAGCGCCGUUCCUACUACGAUGCCGAGAGAGAUACCGAGGUGCGUGUGGAGAGAAAGGUAGAGCGCCGCGAGGACGGCUCCGAGGUCAUCCUGGAGCGCCGGAUCCGUGAACACAUCGAUCACGACCACGGUGCCGACGUCGAGAUCUACCGCAAGGAAACCGAGUACUACGAGCCAGCACCACAGCCGCCCAUCGUCAUCCGUCAACGUCCUGCCGAGCAAAGGAUCAUUGUUCAAGAGGCUGCUCCUCCCACGGUGGUCCUCCGUGAGCGUCGCGAUGAUUUUGCUCCCUACGUAGUCGAGGAGACCAAGGAGGAGUACAUCGUCGAGCACAUCGAUGACCACCACCCCCACAGUCACAGUCACAGCCACAGCCACAGCCGCCACCGUGACGGUCACCACCACUCGCACUCGCGCUCUCAUCACCGCCACGAAGAUGACGAAUACUACACCCGUGUUUCCCGCCGCGACGAGCGUCGCAGCCGCAGCCGCUCCUCCUCCGCCAGCCCCCACCGCAAGCGCCACAUUGCCGAGGGCGCUCUCGCCGGUGCCGGCGUCUCUGCUCUGAUCGCCUCGCGGCGCGACAAGGAAUCAGGUGAGGUAGACAAGCACCGCGGGCGCAAGAUUGUCGCCGGCGCUGCUCUAGGCGCCCUGGGCACCGAAGCCGUCCGCCGCGCCCACAGCGCCUACAAGGAACGCCACGAUGACUCAGACGAUGAGCACCGCCACCGCUCUCGCUCGCGCUCUAAUUCGCACUCCCGCAUCAAGACGGGCUUGGGCAUCGCCGCUGUGGCUCUGGCCGCUGCUGGUGCCGCCAAGUACUACGAGUCCAAGAAGGUCGAAAAGGAGGAGGCGGAGCGCGGUCGUCCUGCCCGUCGCUACAGCGAGAGUGAUUAUUCCCGCUCGCCCAGCCGCAAGCGGUCCAAGUCCCGCGCUGGUUCUGUAGCCAAGGCGGCCCUCGGUACCGCCGCCGCCGUCGGUGUUGUGCAGCACUACCGCCAUAAGCGCAGCAAGUCCCGCCAUGGCUCGCGAUCCCGCAGCUCCAGCAGCGAUCGCAGCGGACACCACUCGAAGCUGAAGACCGGAGCCGAGGUUGUCGCCGCUGGCGUAGCCGGUGCCGCAGCCAAGAAGAUGUACGACAAGCACAAGGAAAAGAAGGAGCGAUCGCGCUCGCGCCACGCCCCCGACGACUCCCGUGACCGUGAGUACUAUGACGACGAUGACGACCUCGACCACAAAUACGCUCGCCGCGAACGCAUCUAUAGGUCCAGAAGUAGGAGCAGAAGCCAAGUCCGGUCCGCAUUACCCUCUUCCUCUUCUAAUAAGAAUAACCAUGCCCAAUUCGAGAGGACCGUCGCUGAUGAUCCUGAAUUCUUAGGUUUGGUUGAGUACGGAACGAACCCCGUGCCCGUUCAGAAUGAAGAACGACAACAGCAGUCGCAUAGUAAGAGAAAGGCAGUGCUUGCUACGGCUGGAGCAGCGGCGGUUACUGCUGCUGCGGCCACGGCAGCGGCAAAACAUGAAAGACAUAAACGCGAUAAGGAACCACCGCCGACGCCACAGUUACUAUCUGCUGUUGAAGACUACGAUGAUAACGGGAUUGCCAUGGGGUACGAUUCGGCGGCGGAGGAACAGAGCGCGAGAAAGGAAGAACGUCGUCGGGAGAGGAGUACGAGGAGGAGACAGCGAGAGAGGGAGAGGGAGAGAGAUGAGGAGAGAGGUGGUGCGCUGUUGGUCCCGAGAGCGAGAGAGGAGGUGGAGGAGGAAGUUGGUUAUUACUCUGAUAGUGAGGAUAGCGAAGCGGAGAGGAUGAGAAGACGCAGGGCGAAGAGUAGGGACUCGAGGAGAGAGAGGGAAAGGAAGGAGAGCAGGAGUCCAGAGAAGAAGCCGGCGAGGAGUAAGAGUCGGUUAGGAAGGCUGGCUGCUGGCGCCGCCGCCGCGGGGGCAGCAGCUAUUGGGAUUAAGAAGUUGGGUGAGAAUAAUAUCGAUAAGAAAGAAAAAGAAAAGGAAAGGGAGAAAGAGAGAGAAAGGGAGAAAGAGAGAGAAAGGGAGAAAGAGAGAGAAAGGGAGAAAGAGAGAGAGAGAGAGAAAGAGAGAGAAAGGGAGAAGAGAAGGGAUAGGGAGAUAGAGAGAGAGGAGAGGGAGAUUGGGCUGGAGGAGAGACGAAGCAGUAGGGAUAGCGAUAGAGAGAGGAUGGAAAGACAACGGGAGAGGGAACGGGAACGUCGACGCUACGAGGAACAAACCGCUCCAUCCGACCCUUACUACAAGCAGCGGCAACCCUCGCCUCCUCACGCGUCAGGCGGAUAUCCCCCAGUACCUCCUACACCUCCUGCUAUCGCCUCUGCUGCCGCUUCUGUUCCGACAGCUACACCACCACAACUACAGCCGCAUCGCUUGUCAAAUGGGUUCACGCAGCUUCCGAACAUCAACUUCACUGACGUGAAUAAUAUCCAAACUCCAUACCCGAUGGGGCCGGAGACGAUGCCGAUGCCUGUACGGGGACCAGCACCAGUUCGACAACAACUGAUCCAGCAACCACAGCAGCGAUAUGAACCAUACAAUCCACGAGAAUACGUUGCUAACUAUCCUCCCCCUCCAGAUCCUGAAGUACCAUCGGUACUUGUCCCGGGCAAAGGCGCUUCAGCUACUGCAGCACAACCACCUCCCGCUUCUGCUCCCCAUGGAGUUCCUCCCCCGCAAGAAGUUCCCCCAGCACUGAGGGCUCCCCAAGGGGUACCCGCUUCGCUGAUGGUGGGUGCGCCAUCGCAUCUCUCGCAGUCGCAGUCGCAGUCGGUGAUUGGGAGGAACCGUCUUGAAGAUGUGAGUAUCAGAUCUUCUAGAGAUAUGCCAAGGUCCCCUACUACGGGUUUGGGUGAUGAGAGGAGCAGGAGGGAAGGCCGAGAAGAACGCCGCCGCCACCGCUCGAUGCACAUGUCUAGGUCAAGGCCUAGGCGGUCGAGAGGUGCUGGUGUUGUUGAUGUCGGUGCCGAUAGUGGCAGCGGCAGUGGCAGUGGCAUGAUAAGAGAGAAGGAUGGUCUAGGUCUAACCACCACUCUCCACCCUCCCACACCAACCGACUCUUCCUUUUCCUCUUCUUCUUUCUCAGAACCCGAGUCUCCCCACACACCAAGUUCUACCCCCAAAGAGAAAUCAGUAACCUUCAUCCCCCUCUCCCCCAAAUCCUCUCAAACCCUCCAGCGCCACCACGAAGAGCAAAUGGCCAAAGAAACCGCCAAGCGCAUCACCUCGGGCUCGGGCGUCGACCCCGAUAAAGAUACUUCUGACAUCUCGGACUUUGAAGACCGUCUCGACAGAGAACUCAACGCUUUGGUGCCCGCUAAAUACCGCUCCUCUUCUACCCCUGUCCCUGCUCCUGAAUCUUCCUCCUCCAACGCUUUAUCUCGCCGUGACCGCCCUCCUUCAGCCCGUCACGAAGACAACUCCAACUCCACCUCCGACAGCGACGCAACCCUCGAAAUCCUACCAGACCGGUUCACACCCGACGGCCAACCGUUGGAUUCUCGUGAUCCCCGCAAUGGUAAACUCUACUCCUCUAGAAGAGGCGAGUUCAUCUACCAUGAUCACCACGGGAACGGACUCAAGCAAAUAGCUGGUACGGGACAAUGGGGAGUCAGCGGGACGGACGCGCAGGCGGUAGACAGGAUCGUGAGGAAGGUGGAGGGGGUGUUGGAGGGCAAGGGAAGUUGGACGGGGUUGGUCAUGGGGUUGUUGAGUGGACGGUUGAUGGAUGGUAGUGAGGUGGGAGUGGGAAGGGGAAGGGAGGUUGAAAGUACGAGGCCGAAGAGGAGGAGCAGGAGGAGGAUGGGGAUGGAGAUGGCGAAACUUGGGGUUUAA